CCCUCCCUCAUACUCUCUCUUUUACUCUCUCCUUCCCUUUCGCUCACAAGGAUCUCUCAGUGAGCAUGAGAAGACACUGAGAGGACAUUCACACCGGACUCCUGGACACUGAUGACCUGCAGAGGACGACUCUGCAACUGACAUUUCUGCACAUUUCGACACACAUACAGCUCUACUCAGCACCAUGACCAGGAAGGUGUUCACCAACACGAGGGAGCGCUGGCGCCAGCACAACGUCAACACUGCCUUCGCCGAGCUCCGCAAGCUCAUCCCCACCCACCCUCCAGAGAAGAAGCUGAGCAAGAAUGAGAUCCUGCGUCUGGCCAUGCGCUACAUCAACUUCCUGGUGCAGCUGCUGGAGAGCCAGAGCGGUCAGCCGGCCAGCCACUCCCCCACCGCACUGCUCACCUUUCUCAGAGGGAAUAUGGAGCAGCUGCACUCCCCUCCGCACCCCUGGGCUAUGACCAGCGACACAGAAGUCCCGUCACCUGGAUCCAGCUGCGACAGCUCCGAGGCCUGGUAG